AUGGCCGGAUCAGAUCAGUACGAUGUUUCAGACACAGAAUUGACCGAGAUCUACGCAUUCGCCAUUCAGCUCGGCAAGGAUGCCGGGGCCAUCUUACUCGAUAGUCUUCACCAGCGACGACAUGAUGGUGCGGAAGACGCCGGGACACAAGGCUCCAAGGUUCCAGAGGAGCUGGUCAUGGAGGAAAAGCUAAACUCCGUGGACAUUGUCACCAAAACCGACAACGAAGUCGAAGAAUUCAUUCAUUCAAGCAUCCACAAACGAUAUCCUUCGCACUCUUUCAUCGGCGAGGAAACGUACUCCAAGGGCUCGUCGAAAGAGUAUCUUGUCAAGAACGACCCGACGUGGAUCGUCGACCCUCUCGACGGGACGGUCAACUUCACACACUGUUUCCCCAUGUUUUGCGUGAGCAUCGCUUUGGUGGUCAACCAGAAACCCGUCAUUGGGGUCAUCUGCGCGCCGCUGCUAAACCAAACAUUCUCGGCAUGUCGAGGAAAAGGGGCGUGGUUGAACGAAACGACUAAGCUGCCGCUGCUAGGGUCACGGGGAGUAGGGCCAAUUCCGAAGAACGCGCCGUCCAAGUGUAUAUUCUCGUGCGAGUGGGGAAAGGACAGAAGAGACAGGCCGGAUGGCAACCUGCACCGGAAGGUUGAUAGUUUCAUUAACAUGGCGGCAGAGAUCGGGGGUCGGGACGGCAAAGGAGGCAUGGUGCACGGCGUGAGGAGCCUCGGAAGUGCCACUUUGGAUCUAGCGUAUACUGCCAUGGGCGCCUUUGAUAUCUGGUGGGAGGGCGGCUGCUGGGAGUGGGACGUCGCCGCUGGUAUCUGUCUGUUGGAGGAAGCGGGCGGAUUGAUCACGACUGCUAACCCACCAGAGAAUGUCGAUACGGCAAAGAUUGAAGAGGCGGGAUUAGGUGGACGUUUGUAUCUUGCCAUCCGACCUGCUGCAGACACUGCGGGAGAGACAGGGCGAGAAGGUCAGGAAAGAUUGGUCAGAGAAGUCUGGCGACGUGUACGGCAUUUGGACUACUCAAGACCAGGAGCGUGA